GGGUCGCCCCCCCCCCCCCCUUUUCUGGCGCUCGCUCGCCUCCGCCACCGAACAUGGACGAUCGCUCUCGGUUCUCGGCGACGGGUCAUGCAGCAGCGUAACGGCGAGGGGGACGGAAGAACCCCUCCUCCCCCCUCCCCGCCAUUCCUUUCGUGGAAAGUGUAUGCCGUCUGCGAUCUUAUCUUCUUGCCGAUAAUCUACCCCGCAGGAAACCGACCACCCGAAUCGAGGCAGGCGGUGGAGUCGGCCGUCGUCGUCGAACACGGAUGACGUCUCCGGGGUGCCGCUGCUCCUCGCAUAGGCACUAUUCAAUAUAGAGGAAGCGAAGACUCCCGUCCUGGGGAACUACGAGACUCGUUCAUAUACAUCCCGCCGAUUGCUCAAUCGAGACCGAGUGGCUCUUUUUAUCUCAUAUUGCAACCGCGCCUUAUACCUCCCCCCAGAGAACAUGCCGAUUCGUGUGACGGACCUCACGGAGGCGGAUAUCCCAGGGGCCGUGAAAGCCGUACAGCAGGCUUUCAGUGGAGACCCGUACAACGUCUGGGUCUACGACCAGUCCAAGUUCAGUUCCGAAAGGAAUUAUGCCUCGCUCGCGCUCCGCAUGCGCUGGGGCAUGCGCAACGGCAUCUUCCACGUCGCCAAGGAGGAGGGAAGCGACGAGGUGCUGGGCGUGGCCAUGUGGCUGCCGCCUAAGCCCGCGGGGGCGCCGCCGACGUGGACCGACUGGCUCGAGGGCUGGCGUCUGUGGCUCGGCCAGGUCAACUACAACCUGUGGUACGGCCGGGGAGGGUUGAACGUCAGGAGAUACUACAUCUGGAAAGAUGCGCAGGCGAAAGCCCAGCGGGACCUCUGGACCGACCCGCGGGGCUACUACUUCCUUAACAUCAUGGUCGUCCUGCCCGAUGCGCAGGGGAAGGGCGUGGGGACCGCGAUGAUGAAGGCCGUGACGGGCCGGGCCGACGCCGAAGGGGUGAAGUGCUACCUCGAGUCCAGCAGGGAUGUGCCCAAUACGGCCAUCUACGGGCGGUGGGGGUUCGUCGUCCAGAGGGACAUGGUCUGUGACGACGCUGGCGACGCGAUCCGGCUGUUCAGCAUGAUCCGGGAGCCCGGCGCCGCGCCCGGGGAUGGGAGGGGGCGGUCGUGAAGAAAAAAAAAUGCAAGGCUGUUGCGCAACAACCAGCCCAUGAUGAUGUGUGAGGGGCGAGUUCGAAGGAGACAAUAAGAGUAUCUAGCCAACGGUAUGAUAUAUACCAGAUACUAGACCAAUUCCGUCCGCUCAUAUUCAAACGUCAAUAUCACUGGGUCUGUUACCGAUGGUGGCCGGUUUGCAACGU